GUUGUGAAUACAGCUGGUUUGUGUCGGUGUUGACUCAGAAUAAUCAACUCUUUGUAAUAGGAAUAGGUCUUCAGCUGCGUUCUAACUAAAACACAUUCACAUAUUUUCUUUAUACAGAUCAGUUCGACGAAGAGCGAUUUGCAAGAGGAGACUUAUGGCUGAGGCACUUUUACCAUUUGCAGUAGAGAGGCUUUGGAACCUCCUUGUCCGAGAAACUAAGCAAUUUCAAGGAGUUGAAGAGCAGUUCGAGGGAUUAAAAAAUGAUGUGGAUACGUUAAGGUGCUUUUUGAAAGAUGCGGAGGCCAAGAAACAUUCAAGUGAAAUGGUGAGAAAAGUUAUCAAAGACAUCAAAGAAAUUGUUUUGGAUGCAGAAGAUAUCGUCGAAACCUUUCUUCUGAAGAAAGAACUCGGAGAAUCAAGCAGCAGUAGCGUGAAAAGAUUUGCAUAUGUCACUGUGAAAAGCAUGGUGCUUGGGUUUGAUAUGAAAACCAUAAGUAAGAGGAUAUCUAAGUGACGAAGACCAUCUUGUUGGGUUAGAGAGAAGUGUUGAAAGAUUGGUUGGCUAUUUGGUGGAGGAGGAUAGCAGCCAAGUGGUUUCCAUAACUGGGAUGGGCGGUAUUGGUAAAACCACACUUGCAAGAAAAGUUUUCAAUCAUGAGACAAUAAAAACUAAUUUUCCAGGAUUAGCUUGGGUGUGUGUUUCACAACAGUUUGAAAGGAAGUGUGUCUGGCAGACAAUCUUGCGACAACUGAUCAGGCCAGAAUGUGAUGUUUCAAAGAUGAUGGAAGACGAACUUCUAGAGAAGAUUGUUCGAGUGUUUGAAACACAAAAGGCUUUGAUCGUCAUUGAUGAUAUAUGGAGCGAAGGAGAUUGGAACCUAAUCAAGCAUGUGUUUCUGCCAAAAAAAGGAUGGAAGGUUUUACUUACUUCUCGCAAUGAGGAAGUGGCAUUACAUGCUGAUAAACAAUGUGUCACCUUCAAACCAGAAUGCCUAACUUUUGAAGAAGGUUGGGAUCUUUUUCAAAAGCUAGCAUUUCCUAUUAAAGAAACAGCUGGUCUACCACUGGCUAUUAAGGUGUUAGGCGGGAUGUUACGUAAGAACUACACAUUGCGACAGUGGAAAACGAUACGUGAGAAUAUUAAAGCUCCCAUCGUUAGAGGGACUGGCUUUGACGACGGAAAUAUCAAUACAGAGGUUUACGAUGUUUUGAAUCUGAGUUUCGAAGAGCUGCCUGCUUAUUUGAAGCAUUGCUUCCUUUACCUUGCUAGUUUUCCAGAAGAUUAUGAGAUAAAUACAAAGAAACUGUCCUAUUACUGGGCUGCAGAAGGAAUACAAAGGCCAAUGGAUUUCAAUGGAGCGGCAUUCAAGAGGUUGCAAAUGGAUACAUAGAGGAAUUGGUGAAGAGACACAUGGUUAUUUCUAAAAGAGACGUUGAUACUUCAAGAUUUGAAACACUUCGGUUGCAUGACAAGAUGAGAGAACUUUGUUUACUCAAAGCUGAAGAAGAGAAUUUUGUACAAACCAUUGACACAUCAACUGCAAAGUCGAAAUUUCCUUGUAAAUCUCGCAGACUUGCUGUUGUACGUUGUCCCGGUGAAGCAUUUAGUUUCGACACGGAGGUGAAGAAUCCAAGCCUAAGAACUCUCUUGUUUAUCGAGUGCAGAAGAUGGAAGGCAACAAGUUUAUUGUUUACAAGGCAUAAGCUGAUGAGAGUGUUAGAUCUCUCUUAUGUGGAUUUUAAAGGAGGGAAGGUCCCCUCUAGCAUCGGGAAGCUCAUCCACUUGAGAUAUCUUAGUUUAGUGUGGACAAAUGUAACUCAACUGCCUGCUUCUAUGCGGAAUCUGAAGAAGCUGCUCUAUUUAAACCUAGAUGUAAUUUGCUUCUCCACUGUACUCGACAUGCCCAAUAUCUUGAAAGAGAUGCGAGAGUUGACAUUCUUGUGUUUGCCGAUGAGCUUAGAUGAUAAGACAAAGUUGGAAUUGGGAAAUCUGGUCAAGCUGGAGACGUUGGAGUGUUUCUCCACAAAAUAUGGGAGAGACGGAUCUGAAGGGUAUGACGCGGCUCAGAUCUCUCUCUAUCUUUAUUAGAGACGAGAAGUAUACUAUGGAAAUUCUAUAUAUCUUCAUCUCUAAGUAAGCUUUCACACUUGGAGGGUCUUACAAUAUAUAACGACAAGAAGUUUUAUACUCCCACGAAUGAUGAUGAAGAAGGAUUUGUUUGGGAUUUUGUUAAUCUCAAAGAGCUCAAGUUGGAGAUAUAUAUGCCAAGGUUACCUGAUGCGCAACGCUUUCCUUCUCACCUUACAACCAUAAGUCUUAAGCAGUCUCGUUUGAAGAAGGAUCCAAUGCCUAUUCUAGAGAAGUUGCUUCACUUGAAAGAUAUUAGUUUACAAUCUCGAUCUUUCUGCGGGGGAAGAAUGGAUUGCUCAAGGGAUGGGUUUUCUCAAUUGCAGAAGCUAAAAUUUGAGGGAUUAGAGGAGUGGGAAGAGUGAAUAGUAAAAGAAGGCUCUAUGCCUCUUCUUCACACUCUCGAUAUUCAAUAUUGCGAAAAAUUAAAAGAGCUUUCUGAUGGGCUGCGAUUCAUCACUAACUUGGAGUGUCUGAUUAUUAAUAGUAUGGGAGAUGAAUUCAAAUUUGAGAUUGUCAGAAGGAUACUUUCCUUCUCACCUUACAACCAUAUCUCUGUUGGAAUGCAAAACUUUGUAGAGAUGGAGAAAGUGUUUAAGUGUCUGAAGAGAAAGUGUUUUGUCUGAAGAAGAAAGCUUUUUAUAACUUAAGAAGAUUUCUUAUUACUUGAAAGUAUGUAAAAAACUUUCAUAUUUUUUGAUAAUACAAAAUGAAGGGAA